CAACUCGGGGGAGAAGAUCAGAAGAAGCUCAGAAGCAGGUGGAGCUCAAACAGUUCGCCUUCGCCACACCUUUUCUUGCAUGCCGAUCGCCUCCAAGCUCCUCUACUUCCAGCGCCGCCCUUCGCCGGCGCCGCCGGACCCGCCCCUGGAGCCGCCCGACCCCCGCCGCCGGCCCUGCCGCGGGACGGCCUCUGGUCCCCGCCGCCCGCGCAGCGGCGCCCUCUCCCAUCACUAUCACCACCACAACAAGCCGGGCCAGGAACUUCUUCCAGGAAGCCAAAGAGAUGGUGUGAAGCUUGUGGGAUCUGCUGGAAACAUAAUCGAACAUAUUGGCAGUAUGGGCUCCAGCUCAAGGCUAAACCGCAGUGUCUCGUUGGAUCAAGGACGGCUCCCCGAUGCUGUCCAGCAGGCUAGAGAUAGGCUUCUUCAGAGGCUUAAUAGCGUGGACUUGUCAGGAAGAAGGCAAAAGACACCAUCUUCAGAAACCAUUUGGGCUGCAGUAACUCAUCCUGCUGACCUUGCUGUCUCCACCUCCGCGGACAGCGAACUACGUAGCCUAACGAGUUACUUCCAGUCCAGUGUAUCCAUCAGUGCCUUGAAAGUCCAAGAAUGCAUCGCGGAUAAGCAUAUGCCUGUCACGCCAUGUACCGAACCGGACCCUAUGCUACAAGUACCAGCCUGCGAAGAAGGCGAAAACGCGACACCUUCAGCAGAAUGCUCGAUAUGCCUGGAGAGGUGUGGCGGCCCAAAUGGGCUCAUCCAGCUGCGCUGCAAGCACAUCUUUCACUCGGCAUGCCUGGAGCGGUGGUUGCGAUCCCGUGGCGACUGCCCUUACUGCAGGGCCAGCGUGCUCCUGACGUCUGAUCACUGAUGGAUAAGCAAAAACUGAGGAUGAGAAAACCUAGCUAAAAUAUGUUACUGGUUAACCUGUUAUCUAAGGACCUUCGAGUGUUGUUAAUUAGCGAGGCGUUGAUACAGUUUAUCGUUGUCAAUGAUAUAUCCGUGCGGCUUCAGUGAUUAUUGGUUGUUGCAACUGGCUGUACAACUAGAUAUCAUGAAUAUUGAAAGCCAUGAGCUAGGUUAUGUAAUUAUGUUCCAUGGGGUGCUUUUGCUCUCCAUGUUCCAAAAUCCAAAAUCUGAAUUGUGUGUGGCUGUGAUGAUGUUGUACACUUGUACUGGCAUGUCAUUUAGAACAUUCAUCUAGAUGAACACCUCAGGCUGCUGUAGCCUUUUUCUUU